AAAUCCAGAAAAAUCAGUGAUGGCGGCGGUGGCAGUGGCAGCGUCAUCUGCAGCGGAAGCGGUGGAUCCAGCGGCGACAGCUGCUCCCUCCACGAUCCGUCAACGGCGGUGAGAGCGGGAGUAGAGCAUGUGUAACCAUGGAAAUUGCCUGCAUUUCGAUUUUACCAAAUAAUCUGUGUGCCAAUAAUUGUUGUUUUUUUUUUCUUGAUAUUUCUGCGUGUUUGUGGAUUGUGUGUGUGGCCAAAAAAUUAUAUAACAUUAACCCAAAGCCGAAAGGCAGCGAGCGCACGCUUAUGACCUGACCCCGCUCUAGCCAUUGCCACCCUGUCCCUGCCCAGCCACCCCACCGUCCUGCUUGACUAUGCAUGGUGUUUGCGUAUUUGUGUGUGUGAGCGUGGGUGGUCUGUAAAUUCCUGUAUGUGUGUGUGCUUGUUUUAUUUAUCCCUCCUCCUUGUUCUUCCGUUGCUGUAAUUUUCGCAGUUAGAAGACCCAUUUCCCGCCUGUGCUGCGCAUGCCGCACACAAGCACACUCACAAACAUGUACAUACCCCCUCCCCGUUUCACCAUGGCUUUUUUACGUGGGCUUGUUCCAUUUUGCUUUUCGCUUUUGUUUUGCAAUUUUCGAAAUGCGUUUUUCUUCGAUUUGUUUUGCUCUCCCCAAUGUUAUUUACCGUUAUGUUUCCAUCAUUCAGAAAUUACAGAGCCCUCCCACCCCACCAUCACUUUUCUUACCAUCGUAUUUCGUGCCACUUGCUUGCUCCACCGCUCUCUCUCUCUUUGUCUCUUUGUCCGUCGCUGUCUCUUCGCAUGUCCAUGGGUCAUGGCAGCACGCGUGGGUUUUGUGUGUGCCACAAUGUUCCGUGACAUGUCCUGUCUGGUCCCUGAUUUAAUCACAACCCAUUCAAUUUCAUUUGAAACGCCUGGCCGCCAACGCUUCCUAUUAAUUUGGUGCUAAUUAAUUUUGGAGAGCGACAGGCGGCAUGCGGGACCCGGGACCAGCUGUGAGCCUGAUUACGUCAGGAUGAAUGGAUGGACGGAUGGAGAGUUCCAGUUUCAGUUCCAGUCGUGAUCUAUUUUUGGGCAUUAAUCCUUUGCCAUGAUGGCCACAAAGGAUGCGCAGCCGCAACAGCAACAGCAGCAGCAGCCCAUGGCCAUACACUAUCUGGCCAGCUUCCAUGAGAUCUGCAUAGUGACCGCUCUGCUGCCUCUGGUGACGCUCUUCACGUGCUUUGUGACCGCCUACGUCUACCAGUACGACGAUGUACACGAGACACAUUGCCGCGUAUAUAAUAUAAUACCCUCGAUAAGUGCAAUUACGGGCGUCAGUCCACAGCGCUACUUCUGGCGUUUUAGCAUUGCGCUACACAUUGGACCACGCAUCCCCAUUGCCUUCGUCUACAAGAACUACUAUCGGUCGCAGCUGAAGCGGAUCAGCCCGGAGCUGGUGCCGCAGGCCAGCUGGCUGAUCAAUCUGAUUCUGGUGCUCAAUUGCAUUGAGAUAGCGUCCCUGGGCGGCGUCACCUAUAUUUCAAAUCGGGAGAACUAUCCCGUGCACGAGAGAAUCUUCAUCACGUUCAUGAUAUGCUCGCUGUGCUAUAUGCUGGCCACCAUCAAGCUGAAUGGUAUCCUCAAUGCUGGCCAGUCGCUGAAUGUCCAACAGCAGCAGUCGAUCAAGUGGAAGAAGUUCUUCUUUGUGGCCUCCAUACUGAGCACCAUCGGUCUGCUAAUCUUCUUUGCCAAACAUCGCUUCUACUGUCACGAUUUGGCCUUCAGCUGGUUCGCGUUCUUUGAGUAUUUGAUCGCCAUUGCCAAUAUGCUGUACCACUUCACCAUCAUAUGGGACUUCCCAUCGCAGUACAUGGUGAUUGUUCAGGGGCCGCUGGAAAAUAUAUCGCAGUACUUGAGCAACAGGCCGAAAAUCGACUAGAGCUGGAGAGCACUCCAUUCGUUCGUUUGAUUUCCGGAUUUUCUUCUCUAGUGUAUAGUGUCUGUGUGUGUGUGAUUCCCAUACGAAGCGUACAAUUAUUGAUCUUCAUCAACUUUAAAGUUUAAACCUAAGCGCUUCCAUUGCAACAGAAACAUUCUACGUGUAAAUCAUUCUAUUUUUCUCUCAAUUUUCUCUCUCUCCCUCUCUACAAACUCCCAAAAGAAAAAGAAAAAAGGAAAAAACCAAAAGCGGAAAGGAAAGGAAAAUGUGUUUAAACAGAAACCGAAACGAAAGCGAAAUGUUCCAUAGCUCCAAAAAUAUUCUAAUAAUUAUAUAUCGUACGGGCAUAAUGUCCUUUGUACACAUUCGAAUUACGAGUAAAUGAAUUAAGUAACGUAAACGUAAACAUAAGGUUUAAGUGCACCCAAACAAAAGAAAAACCAAAGAAAAACCAUAGAGUAGACAUAUGUUUGUAUGCCUAGACGACGACCGUAGCUCGCAAAAGAUAGAACAGAACACUACCAAAUACCAUUAGAAGAGUAGCAGAGUAGCAGAGCAGCAGAGGCCGCUUUCAAGCAGAUCUCAUGUCAAUUCCAAAAUUCAAGGAGUCAGCGUUUAUUACAUAGUAGCACUUAGACGUACAUAUCGUUUAUACAGAAAUAGGAAACAUCAUCAAAACUUGUGUGAAACUGUUUGGUGGCCCUAUUGGGCUCCCAGUACCCCUGAACAGAAUUCAGACAAUAGACAGGCAACGAACCACGAACAACAAACCACAUGGGGGGAAUUCUACACACACAUAUAUGUACACACAGACAGACCUUCUGAUUGAUGAUAAACAAAUCUAGCAAUUAAACAACAAUUCUAAUUAGCCAAUAAAUGGAGAAUGAAGUACAGAUAGAUGCGAAAUCAGGUGAAACAACCCCCCCUCCCCUACCCCCCCUCCAAAAAGUUGUAUUUGCUGAACGAGUGGCAUUCAUAGCUAAACUAAACGAAUUGUAAACCAAAUUAAGAGCCUCUCAUACACCGAAUGUUGGAGGGGGGAACAACACACUCGCUUGUAUGUGUGUAUUCAUGUAUGUAUGUUUUUUUUUUUUAUCUGAACAAAUGUAAUAACAUAUUGAAUCUUGUACCAUACACAACAAAAACAGCAGAAGAAGCGAAACUGAAGCGGAAGCAGCAGUCAAGGAAAAACUAUUUUAUUCCAUAAGUAAAAUACUAUUAUUAUUAUUGUACAUUGCAAUAUGAAUUAUGCAUUGCAUUGUAUUUGCGAAAGAGAUACAGAUAUCCGUUUGAGUUUUAAUCCUUUGAAUUAUGUAAACUAAAUCAAGGCAAAAAUGUAGCUAAACUAAUGGAAACAAUUGUUAAUACUCACACGACACAAGUGGAAGAAUAUAUGGGGGGAAUUAUAUACCUAUAUAUAUUGUAGAUAUACAUAUGUACAUAUCUAUGUAGUAUAGUAGGUAUAUCUUAUGCAAUUAUUUGAAUUGAAUUGAAUUACCUAUUGUUGAUGCGUUACGUUACAUUCUAAAAGUUCUAUGUCUGCCCGUUUCGCUCAUGUUUUAUAUCUCUAUUGCCCCUCCUCCGCCGUUGGAGCACUUCUAAUUAUGUGCCUCUCUUACGCUUUAUAAAGAUAUACUACAUAUAUAUGUACAUACAAUAUAUACUGUAUACUGGACACUGGUAUUGUAUGCAAUGUACCUCCUGUUCCAUAUGAUAUGCAUGUAUAGUUGUACCCUCUAUCACAGGCUAUUUUCGAUUGAUUUUACAUAUAUAGCAUGUACUCGUAUUAAUGCAUGUACACACAUAUGUACUAUGUACUCGUAUUGUAUGGCGAAUACCUUCUUAAACGGAUGUACGAAUUAUUGGAUGGAUGGUCACUUUUUAAAAUGCAACCUUUUUACCUUUGCAUACAUUUAUUUUUAGGCGACACAAAGUAAGCGAUUUAUUAAGAAAAAAAACAAAUAACAAAUUAACUAUGCAAUAUGUAACUUGGUAGCUUCCUAAUUUGAAUAAAGUUUAAUACCACAUACAACAUUUACUAUA